AUGAACAAAUUGGUGUUUUGUGGUACAGUUUCAGCAAUUUUGAGAUGUGAAUAUUUGGUUGCUCGACAUAUUGUUAGAGAAUGGCAUAAAGAUUGGAGUGAAAAUAAGGUCGGUCUUUUUGGGAUUAAAAAAUCAUUUGUUUUCGCUCCAAACAUUUCUAUAACUAUAAUCUAGUUCCUUGUUUGAAAAACAUGAAAAUUAUAUUUUUUUCAGUUUUUUUCUGAUAUUCGAUACUUUUUUCUGGAAUUUGAACAGUUGUUCUCUUGAAAAGAAAAAAAGAAAGGUCAUAGUUCUCCAUGUGACACAUUUCUGGAAACAAAACAACAAAAAUUUUACAGUAGGAAGGCAAUUCAAUUUGAUCGUUAACAAAAUCAAAUUAUUUUUCUUAUGUCAAGAAAAUUACGAAUUUCGAUCACGAAACGUGGAAUUUCAUAGAAUAUUUUAUAGAGAAGAAAUAAUUUUGUUUGGAAUCGGAAGAGAAACAAAAAAAGGAAAUUCAUUUUUCGUAUCGAAAACAAAACCUGUACAUCUUAAAAAUCAGAUAAUUUUUUGGUCAUGGAAAUUGGAAAUAUCAAUUUUUAAAAUCUUAAUCAUAUGCAUUUUCAGGUUCGCCUCUUCACAGUUCGUGUUGUUUCAUUCACACAUGCUUUAAUAUCGGCACUUGGAUGCCUUUUUUCUCUUCUUACUGAUAUAAAUUAUAUUCGUGAACCAUAUGAUUAUCAUAAACAAAAUGCUGAAUAUGUAUUCCUUUUCUCAAUGGGUUAUUUUAUCUACGAUCUUGUUGAUAUGUAUAUUCAUGGAGAAUUAGAUAAUUCAAAAGAAUAUCUUAUUCAUCAUUCACUGGUUAUCAUAUCAUUUUCGAUUAUUUUAUUGACUGGAAGAUUAUUUGGAUUAGCAAUGAUUGCUUUACUUGUUGAGGUUUGAUUGAUUUAUUGAUUUUUAGAAUAAAAUACAAAUUUAAAGGUUCAAACAAUAUUCCUUCAUCUUCGAACAAUGGUCCGCUUGGCUUAUGGAUCGAAGAAACAAUCUGAUUUUAUGGAUACAUUGAUUAAUGCAAAUAUGUUGUGCUUAUUCUUAUUCAGACAUUUGCCAGUUUGUUAUCUUCUUUUCUAUUUAUUGGUUCAAGAUUACAAAGUUCCAUUUUUAUUGCGCACUUUUUUGGUUGGUGGAUUGUCAUUUUUGGAAUAUCACAAUACCCAUUUGACUGUUAGUUUUUUUUUAUUUUUCAAAAUCCAUCAAUAAAAUUAUAUUCAGAUUGCAAUGGCCAAAUCAGAUGGAUUCUUUGGACACGAAAGACAAGCUUUGGAUGAAGAUAGUUGCGAUCCUUUGGGUUCAGUGAAAAAAGAUGAAAUGAAAACUCAAUAA